CACACACACACACACACACACUUUUUUUUUAAACCCCAUAAGAAUUUUCUAUUGUUCCCUCAGUGGGCUAUUCCCCCAGACUGGUCCAGGUUUACAAUUCCCUUUCCCUAGGUUUUAUCUAAUUGCCGCAAGUUAAGCUCUUCCUGGUUCUCACUUCUGGCUUGGAGCCUUUGGACCCUGCUGUUUUUUUUCCUGUGCUCUUUCGAUUGUUUUGCAAAUGGGGGUCGGCGGGUGGACCCCGGUCACAGAAAGACGUGGGAGGUGCAGACUGAAUGACGCCCUUAUUAUAACUUGCAGGACCUACUUCUCCAUUCUACUUGUCACAUAUCUACUUCUAGGAAUUUGUGCAGCAAAUGAUUCAAAACCAAACAUUGUCUUGAUAAUGGCAGAUGAUCUUGGCAUUGGGGAUCUGGGAUGUUAUGGUAAUGACACACUAAGGACCCCAAAUAUUGAUCGUCUUGCAAAGGAAGGAAUAAAACUUCUGCAACACUUAGCAGCUGCCCCUCUGUGUACUCCCAGCAGAGCUGCUUUCCUGACCGGCAGACAUGCCUUCAGAUCAGGAAUGGACGCCACUAAUGGAUAUCGUGCACUUCAAUGGAAUGCAGGUUCAGGAGGACUUCCUGCAAAUGAAACAACUUUCGCAAAAAUACUACAGCAGCAAGGAUAUGCAACAGGUCUUAUAGGAAAAUGGCACCAAGGAGUAAACUGUGAAUUCCGAAAUGAUCAUUGCCACCAUCCAUUAAGCCAUGGAUUUGAUUAUUUUUAUGGCAUGCCUUUCACACUUAUAAAUGAUUGUCAAAUAAACAAACCUCCAGAAGUAGAUGCUGCCUUUAGAGCUAAACUUUGGGUUUGCACCCAGGUAAUAGUCCUUGGGAUGCUAACACUUACCAUUGGUAAACUUUCUGGCUUAGUCUCAGUACCGUGGAAAAUACUGAUGAGUUUGAUUACUCUUAGUUUUCUGUUUUUCAUUUCCUGGUACUCCAGUUUUGGAUUUAUAAGAUACUGGAACUGUAUCUUAAUGAGAAACUAUGAAAUUACCGAACAACCAAUGGUUUUAGAGAGAACAGCAACUCUCAUGCUAAAGGAAGCAAUUUCAUUUAUUGCCAGAAACAAGCAUAGGCCAUUCCUCCUCUUUGUUUCUUUGCUUCAUGUCCAUAUUCCCCUUGUUACCACAAAACAAUUUCUUGGGAAAAGCAAACAUGGUUUAUAUGGAGACAAUGUAGAAGAGAUGGACUGGAUGGUGGGUAAAAUUCUUGAUGCUAUUGAAAAAGAAGGCUUGAAAAAUACAACAUUCAUUUACUUCACCUCAGACCAUGGAGGGCAUUUGGAGGCUAGAGAAGGACAUGUUCAGCUUGGUGGAUCAAAUGGAAUAUUCAAAGGAGGUAAAGGCAUGGGAGGCUGGGAAGGUGGAAUUCGUGUGCCAGGAAUAUUUCGAUGGCCUGGGGUAUUACCAGCAGGUCAAGAAAUUGAUGAGCCUACAAGUCUGAUGGAUAUCUACCCAACUGUUGUUCAUCUAGGAAGAGGUGAAAUGCCUCAUGACAGGGUGAUUGAUGGCCACAACCUGAUACCUUUGUUGCAAGGAACUGUUAAGCACUCAGAACACCAUUUCUUAUUUCACUAUUGUGGGAUUCACUUACAUGCAGCACGAUGGCACCAAAAGGACAGUAACAAAGUCUGGAAGGUCCAUUAUGUAACUCCAAAUUUUCACCCAGAAGGAGCUGGAGCUUGCUAUGGGAGAGGAGUUUGCCCAUGUUCUGGGGAACAUGUGACUUACCAUGAUCCACCUUUGCUAUUUGAUCUCUCAAGUGAUCCCUCUGAGACCAGCCCUCUUUCACCUGAUACUGAGCCCUUCUAUUAUACCGUGAUUGAAAGACUAAGAGAGGCAAUAAGGAAGCAUCAGAAAACACUUCAUCCUGUUUCCCAGCAAUUCUCAAUGAACAAUAUCAUGUGGAAACCAUGGCUUCAGCCAUGUUGUGGUACAUUCCCAUUUUGUUCAUGUGACAAGGAAGCUGACAAUGAACACAUUACACUCUAGAUAAUUAAGAACAAGUAGAGCAUUGUAAGUUUCAGAAAUUUUUAUUUAAGGCAAUUUUAUUUAAAGAAAUCAACUUAUUUUCAACAGGACCACAAGAAUGUUAGGACAAGGUGAUUAUUGAAUGUAUAUCAUGCACAAAAUUUUAAAAUAGGUAUAACAUAAGAUUGUACAGAAAUGCAUAUGAUCUCUAAAUUAAUUGGUCUCAUAAUGUCAAUUAAAGCAUUUCCCAAUACAAUAUGCAAUUUCAUCUUAGGCAUAAAUAUUUUAAUAAAAGUGAUCAAUUUUAAUUUACUCUUAAAAUUGAAAUGUUAGGUUGCCACACACCAUGCAUAAUCUAUAUUUAUAUAAUAGUUUGACAUGCAAAAGCAUCUAUAUAUGUAUAAUUAUGUUUAAAAUAGCACAGUCCUGUGGAAUUGAAUUUAUUCUCCAUUCCAGAUUUGAGGAUAAAUAUUUCAGUGGAAAAUUGCUUUUAAUUGUCCUGAAAUUUUCAUGUCCUUUAAUUUCUAAACACAAAUGUUGAACUUUAUGUCUACAUCACAACCAACUAAUCAUACAUGAUGAGAAAAAAAUCCAAAUUUUCCUUUGAACAUUCCUAGAAUCUUAGAUUAGAAAGAAUCUCAGAGAUUAUCUACUCCUUUUGAUGAUGAAGGUAUUGAUAGCUCACGCAUAGGCACUCUGCAACGUAUAAAAUAUUGAACAAGGUAAACAACUUACCUUUAGUCAAGCAAUUGCGAAAGAGCAAAGCAAAAACUUUAGAAGUCUCCCAACUUCUAGGAAAUGACUGUUCCACAACACACCAAGCAACCUUUCAGUUAAUUCUUCUCAAGUUAACUCUUUUUAAGUAUCCUUAUGUCUUUUUCUGAGGGUAUAACAAGGAAAUGUAUAUAUUAUUUUCAGCAACCUUUGGAGGAAAACACCAUUAAAAUUUUUUAAAACUAUUUUGAAGGUAGUAAUCAUUGGUGAAUUAAAGGAAUCAAUGAACAGAAGUGCAAAAAUACAUGGAAUCUGCUGCUGAUUUGUGGAUGAUUUAUAAGAUUAAUGUGAAAUGUUUUUAUAAAGCACGUUUCAUGAAAAAAACACUGUUAAUCAAUUUAUGCUUAUUCAGAUCCCUGCUGGCUUUUUUUUUUUUUUUUUAACUUUA